UGACCAAUCAUUUGGGACGGCUCUGUGUAGCGCCAAAAACUCGGCCGAAAGAGAGGUGGCCUGGAUGCCUCGCUCGCCCGUUCAUCCUCAUCAGAGUCGCCGCGGCCCAUGCCAAUCCAGCUGUCCCCAGACUCCAGUUGAGCGCCUCGAGCGAGCUGCGAGCAAGUGCAGCCCGGCGGACGCGUGCACGCAGCUGCUUCCGCCCACCAGGCCGAUCUCAUCCUGAAUUCCUGACCGGCGACCGCUAAACAAUGGCGGCGGCAGGCCCUAUAAAAGGCCAGCUCCUCGCCGUCCUGGAGCCACACCACCACCACCGAGCCUUCCUCCGGUCAACACUAGUAGCCUAGUGCCCUGCGUAGUGCUUUCUCCACUUGGUUGUUCGCUUCGCUCCUCCUCUCCCAGUGGAGGUGAGGCGAUGGCCUCGGCGGCAGCUUCCAGUAGCUUCCGACGCAGGGGCCGCGCUCUGCUCUCGCUCCUGGCGCUGGCGCUCCUGAUGAGCCCGGCCUCGGCGCGGCGCUCCGCGGCCAGCCCAAGCAGGAGCCUCAUGGAACUGUACAGGCCGCCGCCCGGCGACAUGCUGAGGUACCACGACGGCGCCGUGCUGAGCGGCGACGUCCCCGUCUCCGUCCUCUGGUACGGCCGCUUCACGCCCGCGCAGAAGGCCGUCGUCACCGACUUCCUCCUCUCCCUCUCCCCCGCGCCGCAGGGGCCGCCGCCCCCCGCGCCGUCCGUCGCCCAGUGGUGGGGCAGCAUCAACCGGCUCUACCUCUCCAAGGCGGCGCCCGUCGGCAAGAACGGCGCACGCGGCGGCGCCGCCGCCGGGAACGCGCGGGUGGUCCUGGCCGGGCCGGUCUCGGACGAGGCGUGCUCGCUGGGGAAGAGCCUGAAGCUGUCCCAGCUCCCGGCGCUCGCGGCCGCGGCGCGCCACGCCCAGGCCGGCGGCAUCGCGCUGGUGCUCACGGCGCGGGACGUGGCGGUGGAGGGCUUCUGCGCGAGCCGGUGCGGGCACCACGGGUCGUACGGCGGCGGCGGCGCAGGGUCGUCGACCCGCGCGGCGUACGCGUGGGUGGGGAACCCCGCGGACCAGUGCCCCGGGCAGUGCGCGUGGCCGUUCCACCAGCCGGCGUACGGGCCCCAGGCGCCGCCGCUGGUGCCGCCGAGCGGGGACGCCGGCAUGGACGGCGCGGUGAUCAGCGUGGCAGGCAUGGUGGCCGGCGCGGUGACCAACCCGUUCGGGGACGGGUUCUACCAGGGCGACCGCGGCGCGCCGCUGGAGGCCGCCACGGCGUGCGCGGGCGUCUACGGCAGCGGCGCCUACCCCGGGUACGCCGGACGGCUGCUGGUGGACGCGGCGACGGGCGCCAGCUACAACGCGCACGGCGCGCGCGGGAGGAAGUACCUGCUCCCGGCGCUGUACGACCCCGGCACGGGUGAGUGCGCCACCUUGGUGUGAGAGGAGCGCCCGUGUCUGUGUCUUGGCAGCAGGCAUCCGUGCGUCUCCAUGGAUGGUACGGGGAUGGUGUGAUUGUAUGGCAGGGGCUGCUCUGUGUGUGUGUGUGUGUGUGUGUGUGUGUGACGGUCCAAGUGAUGGCGUGUUGUUAUUAAGUAUACUUGGAGUCCAAAAACCAACAGGAUGGUAGAACUGUAUAAAAUGUGAAGUGCUCGUGUAUCAUCGUCACGCUAUUUUUUGAACUGUAAACAUGCUCCUGGGAGGGGAAGCAAACGAGUUUAUUUAGCAAACGAAAUUGCUUGGGAUUAGA